AUGGCCUCAUCGAUGACUACGGAUUUCUCUCCUCAUGGCGAAAGCGACGAAUGCUGCAAAUGGUAUGGUGUUGAGUGCAGCAACACCACUGACCACGUCAUCGCCCUCCAACUUAAUACUACUUACUAUGAUGGUGUAUUGCAAGGUGAGGUUGGUUCUUCCUUGCUUGAGUUGCAUCAUUUAAACUAUCUUGACCUCAGUUGGAAUGAUUUUGGAGGCAAUCCAAUCCCAAAAUUCAUUGGUUCCAUGAAACAGUUACAACACUUGUAUCUCAUCGGUUGUAACUUUGGUGGGAUUGUUCCUCCUCAGAUAGGGAACCUUACCAACCUGCAAUCACUUGCGCUCUCGCAUAACUCUUUGAGGAUUGAGAAUCUAGAUUGGCUUUCAAGUCUCUCUUUGUUGUCUUAUCUUAGUUUGAGUCAAAUCGACUUGAGUCAAACUAACUGGCUGCAGCAUAUCCUGAGCCUUCACUCCCUCCAUGAUUUGCACUUGAACUCUUGUAACAUAAGCACAGCUCUAGUGGGACCAUCUGUUAAUUCUUCUUCUACGUCACUUUCUAUCAUUUCUUUGUCAGAUAAUAAGCUCACUUCUUCCUCAUUCCAAUCGUUAUCUAACAUAAGCAGAGCUCUAGUUGAUCUAGACAUUUCAGGGAAUGCUUUAGGAGGCCCAAUUCCUGACGCACUCAUAGAGAAAUUGGUGCUUAUAGAGUAUCUUGAUCUUUCUAAUAACACGCUUGAAGGUCAAAUCCCAAAAUCUUUGUGGAAUUUGAGUCAUUUGUGCGUCUUAGUCCUUUAUGAAAAUGACUUAAGAGGAAACCUUGAAGAGUUGUUCGGAAGUAAACCUGCCAAAGGAAUAUUGAAAUCGCUCCAGAUUCUGGACUUGGCUCGAAAUGAACUCCAUGGAUCUGUGCCGGACCUGAGAGCAUUUUCUGCAUCAUUGACAGAAGUGUACCUUGGGACAAACAAUUUCACAGGAUCCAUUCCUCUAAGUAUUGGUCAGCUCUCUGAGCUUCAGGUUCUAGAUCUUUCUAGUAAUUCUUUGAACGGCGUAGUCUCAGAAUCCCACUUCGACAAGCUCGGCAAGUUGAAGAAACUAGAUUUAUCCUUCAAUUCAUUGAUCUUGCAUUUUGCUCCUAAUUGGAGGCCAACUUUUCAGUUGGAUUCUAUAUUGUUAGCUGGAUGCAAUGUGGGCCCAUCUUUCCCAAAAUGGAUUCAAACUCAGAGAAAUUCCACAUUCCUUGAUCUUUCUAAAGCUAAUAUAGUAGGUGAAAUCCCAGCAUGGCUGUGGAGUGUAUCCCCUUCAUUAACCAACUUAUACCUUUCUGAUAAUCAAAUUACCGGUAUUAUCCCGAAUCUCUCAUCCACUUUCAUCACCCGCAUAGAUCUUAGUAACAAUAGGAUCUCAGGUCCCAUUCCAUUAUUUUAUGCCGGUGUUGUGGUUGUUCAGCUGAGUGGAAAUAUGUUAUCUGGAUCAAUUUCAUCUAUCUGCAGUGUUCUCUAUGAAUCGUUUUAUUUGCUUGACCUCGCCAAUAAUCAGUUGGCAGGAGAGAUUCCCAACUGUUGGGAGCAAAUGCCAAACUUGGUAUCUCUCAAUUUGGCAAACAACAAGUUUUGGGGUGAAAUUCCACCCUCUUUGGGGUCUUUACAUGACCUCUAUGUGCUACAAUUGCGUGGUAAUAGUUUAUCUGGAGAGUUUCCUUCCACUUUGAGACGUUGCCAAAAGUUAAUAAUGAUUGAUGCUGCAAGGAAUGAGUUAGUAGGAGAGAUCCCAACUUGGUUUGGUGAAAUGUAUCAAAUGACAUUUCUAAACCUUGGCAGAAACAAAUUGCAUGGUAGUAUUCCUGUUGAAAUAUGCAAUCUUACUCAUAUUCGAAUUCUGGACUUGUCCGAAAACAACUUGUCAGGAAAAAUACCAGAUUGCUUCAACAAUUUUACUUCAAUGGCUCAAAAGAAUGUACCAGCUGGGUCAGGAACUGGAAUAUAG